CGUUCUAGCACACCCAGGGAUUCAAAAUAGGCCAGGGGCAUAGAAAUCGGCUCGUAUUAUGGCUUAGCGCAAGAGGAUUUGGCCUAUUUGGUUCCGUCCGACCUUGCGGAAAAAAAAGUAUAUCUUCGACUUGCGCUCCCGCUGCCAAAUCCCUUCUAAAUACCGAUUUUUUUGUACGUCAGUAGGGAGAACCUCGCGCAGCGGUAGUGUCGAAGUGGAUCCGGGCAACGGAAGGACAGACAGACAGGGCCUUGCAAGAUCCACGUUCCGUUAGCGUUUUCCGGCGCUGCCGAUAUGGAAUUGAACACCGCCAAUGAAAGUCGAUCGAAACUUAGUAAAACGGAGAAGAAAUUCCUGAGGAAGCAGGCCAAAGCCAGAAACACUCUGUUGCGACACGAAGGCAUCGAGAGCGUUUCCCACGUCACCCAGAGCUUGGUUGUCGCCAACGGAGGACUCGGCAAUGGUGUCGGUAGGAACCAGCUUCUUAGGAUAUUAGAGAAAUGUGGAUCCGUGGAAGCUCUCUUAAUGCCGCCGAACAAACCCUACUCGUUCGUGACGUACGGAGCCAGGGAAGGAUCCAGGACGGCCUACGAUACCCUCAACGGGCAGGAGAUGGUGGAUGAUUUUGGACAAAACAUCACUCUGUAUUUGAACUAUGUGGAAAAAGUGUAUUGGAAAGAUCAGGCGUCUUCCGCAUUGCCUCCGGGCCUCUUGAUAGUUGAAGAAGUCGUCUCUCCCGAGGAGGAGAAAAUGUUAUUGGAAGGGAUUGAUUGGGCCGAAGAUGCCCGUAAUCAGAAUGCUCAGAAAUCCUUAAAGCACCGAAGAGUAAAGCAUUUUGGGUAUGAAUUUCGCUACGACAAUAACAACGUAGACAAAGAUAAGCCAUUACCUGGAGGUCUUCCUGAAAUGUGCGGCGGUGUUUUGGAGAGGUGUUUGAAACAAGGACACAUUAAGAUUAGCCCCGAUCAGUUGACGAUAAACCAGUAUGAGCCUGGUCAGGGAAUACCCCCUCACAUCGACACACAUUCUGCUUUUGAGGAUGAAAUCAUUUCUCUCAGUUUGGGAGCUGAGAUCGUCAUGGAUUUCAAACACCCAGAUGGUCGGACGAUGGCGGUUCUGAUCCCUCGGCGGAGUUUGCUGGUGAUGACUGGAGAAUGUAGAUAUCUUUGGACCCACGGAAUCACACCCAGGAAACUUGAUGUUAUUCAGGCCUCCGAAGGACAGAAAUGUGGAAUUAUCACCGGUGAUGUUGGAGAUUUAACAUUAAGCAAGAGGGGCGUACGGACCUCGUUUACUUUUAGGAAAGUGAGGCAAACACCAUGCGCUUGUGCGUAUCCCUCGGUCUGUGACAGCCAAGGGGAUCAGCCAAGAGAAGCUUCUCCUUCAUUCCCAGAGAACGACCGAGAUGCAGCGAAACUGGAGGAGGAGUAUGUCCACAGGGUGUACGACAAGAUAGCCGGGCACUUCAGCAGCACCAGACACACCCCGUGGCCUCGGAUCGUGGCCUUCCUGAAGACCUUACCCCAAGGCGCCAUAGUGGCAGAUGUAGGAUGUGGGAAUGGAAAAUACCUCGGAGUCAAUAAGGAAUUAUACACGGUCGGUUGUGAUCGUAGCCAAAACCUUCUAGAGAUCUGUGGAGAGAAACAAUUUCAGGCUUUCGUCUGUGAUGCAUUGGCCGUUCCGAUUCGAAGCGGGGCAUGUGAUGCUUGUAUCUCCAUUGCUGUCAUCCACCAUUUUGCAACAGCGGAGCGAAGACUGGCGACCCUCCGCGAAUUAGCCCGCCUCCUCAGGCCUGGAGGCAAGGCCCUCGUUUCCGUCUGGGCAAUGGAGCAAGAAUACAACGAGCAGAAGUCCAAGUAUCUUAGAGGGAACCGAAACGGCGAGGGCGAGGAAGAACAGAGCAACGGUGAGGCAGAGCUUCUCGGCGAAGAGAUGCCCGAUAGCGGCGGGCCAGAGGCGGUCCGGUCCGUCCCGCCCGCCGGCGACUUGGAGGACGAAGCCCGUGAUGCCGACAGAGCAGUUCGUUCCAAGCUGCCAGUUCACACUAACAGAACGUGCUUUCAUUCUCAAGAUUUACUGGUCCCCUGGCAUCUGAAAGGGGGCGGCAAGAGCGGCAAAGGCGCCGAGGCGUCGAAGCCCGCCUCCGAUCCCGGUGCCGGCCCCGUCUUCCAUCGCUAUUAUCACGUGUUCUGCGAGGGGGAGCUGGAGGGGGCGUGCAGAACGUUGACCGACGUACGUGUCGAGCAGAGCUAUUACGAUCAGGGAAACUGGUGCGUGAUUUUCACCAAGCUCUGAGUCCUUGAUUUCGGGGAGCCGCUCGGUGGGUCGCGUGGCUUCGGGAGAGGGGGGUUGCCUGGGUUCCCUGGGGGGAGUCUGAGGAGCCUCAAGCAGAGAGUUCGGGAAGGAUGAGGAGGCAGAAGUGGAAAUCGAUCCUCGUCCCCCCCACCCCGGAGUCAUCGGCCGUUGUCUCAAUGUGUCUGGGCCACUUGUUCCUCAUUUAUAUUUUCCUCGUUUUGGGAGGAUGAAUGAGAACUGUGAGGUUCCCUGGAAUGUUGUAUAUAACUUAAAGAUACUAGGAUUACUUGUACGGGCUCUAAUUCAUUUACGGUGUUUCAUAAACAACGUUUCUAAAAUGA